GAGUCAGUCUCGAUCCGAAGUGGAAACCUGUUUCGGUACUACAUAUAGUUUGAAUUUGCGGCAGUGCGACCGACGGCGGACUGUCGAGUUCGGCUUUCCAACGGUUGAUACGGGAACACGUGGUUUGGCAAAUGUCCUUAUUGAUUAGCAACAGAUGUGCACGCGUUCAAGUGAAAGAUUAAUGGGAAAAUGUGCAUGUUUAUGUGAAUUGAAAAUCGAUAGAAAAGUCAGUAUUAAUCAAUUAAUUAUUUGAACCGCACUAUACGAAAUAUGGCAAGAUAAAUGACAAAAGUUUUCAUCCAAUCGGAAAAAAAAAUCUAAAUAAAGUUGUGUAAGCUCCAUAUUUUGGAAUAAUCUACGAAUUAAUAAACAUCACGUGGAGUGAAUGCAUGGAGAUAAUGAGGAGUUUAAAAUAAGUAACUGUUCGUCAUCAUUCAGAUUAUAAAAAUAUAAUAAAACGAAAGUGGUCUCACUAGUGUUACUGGAUGAUGAGUCUCUUUGCUACGGUGAACGAACCGCGAUUGAAAUUGAGCUUCAGAAAAAGUAUGUUCUUGGAAACCAUAUUGUGCUAAACGAAGCAAAAAAUUGUGUAGCUGCUCUUGAUCUAAUACGACGUUCGUGAUAAACCCAUCUCCAACAACAGUUUUUCCAGGAGUACCUCGUAAAAGAAAAUACCAGAUUUUGGAAGGUGUUCAUUCCAUCCAUCGAUGGUGAUAUUGCAUCUUCCAAAAGCUCUACGAAUCUGCCACCACCUUCAAAACAGUAUCACACCUUCAGUGAACCCCAUUUAAUUAUGGCCAAUGGAAGCGGUACUUUCGCAACAGCCGCUACCGCCACCACCACCACGCCCGCGUCGUCGAUGGCAUCCAUCACGAUUAAUUACACCAGCACCACCUCGUUCACGGCCAACCUCUAUCAGGAAAUCUACCUCAACCUGCAGAUCGUAAACGGUGGUCUGCUCAACUUCAGCGAACGCUUCGUGGUGGACUCGAACGGUUCGACAAUGGCGGCCACCUCAUUGACGGCAUCCCACACGCUGCCAUCGGUGGCGCCGACAACGACGGCCUCAUCGCCGUUCCCAGCCGGAAUCGUUGCCUCUGCCGGGCCAGACGACGCUGGCGAUAGGGAUUGCGCGAAGAUAUGCCUUUCCUGGGAGAAGAUGUUUCUCGUUAUUUUAUUCUGUGCACUGAUAGUCAUUACGGUGAUUGGAAAUACGCUGGUGAUACUGUCGGUUGCCACCACAAGGCGGCUCCGGACCGUGACCAACUGCUUCGUUAUGAGCCUGGCCGUGGCCGAUUGGCUGGUGGGAAUCUUCGUGAUGCCUCCGGCCGUGAUAGUGUUUGCCGUAGAAAAAUGGGAGCUGGGGCGGAUACUUUGUGAUAUUUGGAUCUCGCUCGAUGUCCUGCUAUGUACGGCAUCGAUCCUUAGUCUGUGUGCCAUCAGUGUCGAUAGAUACUUGGCUGUCACUCAGCCCUUGACGUACUCAAAACGAAGGCGUUCCAAACGACUUGCCCUGUUGAUGAUCUUCGUCGUUUGGCUCGUGGCGCUGGCCAUUACGUGUCCCCCAAUCCUCGGUUGGUACGACCAGGAUCGAGAACGGCACGAGUGCCAGUACAAUCAGAACAAGGGCUACGUGGUGUUUUCGGCCAUGGGCUCGUUUUUCAUUCCGAUGAGCGUCAUGCUGUACGUGUACUCGAAGAUUUGCUGCGUGCUCACGUCUCGUCAGCACCGGAUGACCAAAACCGAGGCCACCGAGAAAAACUGCGAGGUCGAUAACGACAACUACACCUCGGAGAUGGACACCAGCCCGAAGCAGGGGGACUACACGAAGCGAAAUAUAUCAUCCAAUUAUGCCAAUUCGCACCAAACGCUGUACGAGUUCCUAAGCUCGGCUCGCAACACACCGAACGCCACGCGCCACCAGCUGACGGCACCGAGGUCCUCUGCCGUGGGACUAACAACGGUGAUGGCGGGCAGCAACAGCGGCAGCCACUACGAGAUGCGACCCAUCAACACGGUCCAGUUCAAUGCCAGUCAAAUAUCGCUGGCCGAGUCCUGUGUCUCCAACGUCACCAGCAGCGGCCUGAACGCCGUCAAGGUGCGGGUGCAGGGCGGCAAGCGAAUCCCCAUCCGAAUAUCGUCGCUCAAGCGCGAAACCAAAACGGCCCAAACGCUCAGCAUGGUGGUGGGUGGCUUCAUUGCCUGCUGGUUGCCCUUCUUCGUGUACUACUUGUUGAUGCCGUUCCUGCCGGAACACUCGCAGAGCAAACCGCUGAUGGCGUUUCUCACCUGGCUCGGCUGGAUGAAUAGUGCCAUCAAUCCGUUCAUCUAUGCGUUCUACAAUGUGGACUUUCGGAUCGCCUUCUGGCGGUUGACGUUUAGGAAGUUUUAUAAAAAUAAGCACAACCUGGCGUUUUUCAAGCCGUAGGGUGGUGAUUAGAGUAUUUGGGGAUGUACUCCUUGUUCGAUAGCAAAGCAUCAUCACCAUCGUUGAUUAAUGGUGUGCCCAAAAGGCAGUGGAAGCGCAUUGGUAUGAAAUUUGAGUUGUCGAACUUGAGUCGACAAUUUCAAAUUAUUGAAAUGGCGCCAAAAAUACAACGAUGGUUAAGUAUGAACAUUUGGUCAGGCGUUAGGUCCAACAAGUGUGCGUUCUUAAAUGCAUGCUGUUCUUUGUAGAAUCUGGUUAUUUUACCGAGGUGAAUACUAGUUUGAAUAUUAGUCAACAUGGCAGAUUAUCUUAGCUACAGGCUUGUCCAACAAAAUUCUUAUUCACAAAUUUCAAAACAUAGCAUAACAGUGUAAACGGGAGGUAACUCCAAUCAUAACUGCAAAGUACAAAAUCGUCAGCGUUAUCGUAAUGAGCAGUUAAGCAUUUCCCUGCUUCACAAGCAUCACACGCUGUUUAAUCCAUUCAGAGUAGAGUAUUUCCUUUAUCACUCAUGCAGGGUCAUUAUUGCAAUGCGAAUCAGCCACGGGCAGCCAGCUGUUACUUGAGUGAAUAAACGAACGACAGUCUGUUCUAAAAACGAUGUACGGUGGCUCAUCUGCACGUCAGCCAACACAGCCAACACAACAUUGUGUCUGUAUAUUCAAGUAUAACAUAAUACUUUAACCGAUACUUUGAAGCUGGUGCAACAAAAUAGUUCAGUAACGAUCACUCAUUAUAGGGGAAACCUUUCUAUUUUCUAUUAUAUCUUUCAUUUGUAUUUUAUAUCGAACAUGAGAUGAUUCAAUUGUUAAUUUUAAAUUAGUUACAGAUGAGAUUAAUAUAUGACUAACGCAGUAAAAACAGGAGCAGUUACCCUAUGAAGUGAACGCUCGAACGCUUUUCGUCCGGAUCAUUUAGUAAUAAGAUUAGACAACGUGCGGAAAAGUAUAUUUCCAAGUGAUUAAUAAUCUUUCCUUGUAAUUAAGAGCAGAUCUAUUUCAAAGAAAAUUAUAAACUGGGGAUCUAUGGUUCUACAAGUUUUACUCAGUAUUAAGACAUUAAGAUGCUAUGCAAUCUUCGUCAUUAAUGAAAAUGUGUUUAAAUAGCCAAUAAGCCGCAACGUAGGAAGAAACUUUUUUCAAUAUUCGCCAGAUGGCGUUGGGCAACGAAUGCAGUUUACCAACAGAAAAAAAUCAAUUCCCAGUCUAGCCAGACAAAUUGGUCGAUGGUUUCCAAGAAAUAUAGGCAUAGACAGAUCUUGACA